UACAUCCUUCACAACUGGUCGGUAGCUGUGUCACCAUCUCAGCCGGUAGACAGGGAUUAGAUUUCCUGCCAGCCCCAUGUACCUUGGCAAUGAACUAACCAGAUGAGUAAGGGAUACUGCCGUUGAUUGGUCACCUUAACUACUUCUACACUACCCUGGUUAGAAGGGCUUUGCUGAAACGCACGCUCGCUUCGUUACAGAAACGUCGUAGGUUGGACACAAUCCAUUUGCAAGUGUGGGACACUGCGAUCGUAUUGGAUAUAUAUAUCAUUAGCGAUUGAAUGCACAUGGUAGUUGAAACAAUAUCUGUAUUUGAGCACUCGGUUCAGCGUGACAUUGACGUUGUAUUAAUCGUUUAUAUAUACACUGGCCCCAGAUCCACAAUGCAAACAAUCAACAUUGCAGUACUAGGCGCGCCUGCAGUAGGAAAAAGCUCUAUCAUCCAACAAUAUAAGGAUUGUAUAUUCACCCGCCAGCAUUUCCCAACCAAGUCCACAUCUACAUACACGUCCGUUGUUUUAGCAAAUCAACAUCUUUACCAACUGAACAUUAUCGAUUCAACUCCACUGCAAUAUUUCAAAAAGAGAAGCUUCUACGACUGGGUGGACUUUCAGUCAUAUUCGAACGAUAUCACGGAUGCUGCGGCGUUUAUUAUUGUAUUCGAUGUUUCGAUCGGGGACAGCUUCCAGCAUGUGAAAGAUCUCCGUGAGCAGAUACUGGACUACCGCGAGUGUAAUGGUCAUGAAUUACCGAUAGUUGUCGCCGCGAAUAAAUGUGAUCUUGGUAAAUGUACUGAACUAUCAAAGAGAGAUAUUGCCCACAUUGUUAGGAAGAAUUGGAAAUCGGGUUACGUCGAAUGUUCGGCUAAGUACAACUGGCACAUAGUAUCUUUGUUCGGCGAAGUGGUGAGGUUGAUAAGCGAUGCCAGAGAUAGGCCAUCCACCACCAGAAUGAGAGGCAGUUUACAACGUAAUAGCUGUAUCAUUAUGUGA